CAGGGUGCCAUGUCUGAGGCCAAGAAGACGCCCAAGUUCCUCAAGGCUGGCAAGGUUGUGCUGCUGCUGAAUGGUCGUAUGGCCGGCAAGAAGGCGGUCAUCGUCAAGACCUUUGACGACGGCACUGCUGACCGGCCGUACGGCCACUGCCUGGUCGCGGGCAUCAUGAAGUACCCCCUCAAGGUCACCAAGAAGAUGUCGGAGAAGAAGAGGACGAAGCGCUCGCGGAUCAAGCCCUUCAUCAAGAGCGUCAACUACAACCACGUGAUGCCGACCCGGUACACGAUGGACGUCGACUUGAAGUCGGUCGUCACGGCGGACAUUGUGGGCAGCAGCAACCCGACUGCUAGGCAGUCGUGCCGCAAGGAGGUGAAAAAGUCGCUGGAGGAGAAGUACGCCGCCUCGCUCGCGUCAGGCAAGAACAAGUGGUUCUUCCAGAAGCUGCGCUUCUGAGCCUUUUGCGAUAUGCAGCGCGUGUGUUGUUUUAGCGCGGCGCCGCGGCAUCACACCCAGACCCCCCUCCUUGUGACUCCUGAUGUGUCUUACAACCACAUUAUGUACGUAAUGGGGACUAAACUUAAUUACAAUAGCACCGCGCUGCGACCGCGCGCGACUCAAGUCUCAAGGCCACUCGCACUCCACGUGCACGAUCUCUCCGACUCCGUCUCGCUCUCGGACCCGCCCGCCCCCUCGCGCGCGCUCUCUGACGGUCUCGCGGAGCUCUCGGGGCCCAACCGAUGUGCACACACUUCAGUGCGCGGCCGUGAUAAAUGGGACAGCCGGCGCGGCGCGCAAAGCGUACGUGCCGCCGAGACGGAUGUAGCCUGAGUCCCACAUAUGUCCGCACACUGAACGUCACCCCGUACAGUCUGUUGCGAGGGUGCACACUGUCCGCGCGGCCCAGGUGCGGGAAUUCAGGUUAUUGCAGAGGCUUGAGGCGCCUCGCCACCACAGAGAGCGGAGUCGGCGGCAUUGCCGAGAUGUAGGGCGGCCCAGCGGCCCGGCUCCGCACCUCCUCGCACCUGCGCAGCUGCGUCCGCAACGGCGGCGCGCGCUCCACGCCCUCCCAACGGCGGGAGAGCGGCGUGACCGCCCAUACUGCGUAGCUGCAGUCGCUGUACUGUACGCGCACCGCCGCCGACAGAUCGCCAUCGCCCGCCGCGCGUGAGAGACGUCGGACUAUGGCCGGCGCCGUCAAUGGUGGUGCCCACGCCAGUGGCGCGCCCACUAGAUCCCGCCGCGCUGCGAGCCGUGCAAGGAGAAGGAGCGCGCUGAGCGCAGUGGCGAGAAGCUGCGGGAAGACCGGCAAACGCAGAGCGCGCUGCCCGCCGCGGCUGCUCAUCGCCGGCGCUUGCAAACGAGCACUACAGC